GUCCCUUCCGAAGGAAGAAGAAGAAGAUAUUCAGAGCCUGCAAUUGAUUGUUGUAGAAUCUAGCGAUUAAUCGUCUUUUUUGGUGGGGAAAUACAUCAGACAAGAAAAGUUCAUGUUUUUAGUAACAUUCUGAAUAUUAGCUUUAAUGGGUGACCCUUCUAUCUCGGAUUCAAGCCUGGAGUGGCUUUGGACCAUUGAGUACCUAGCAAGCUUCCGGCAACUAGACCCGUCAAUUUUACAGCGUAUGUGGGUUUGCGACAUUCUCAAAUACAUUAUGGAUAUAUAUUUUGUGUGUCUAUGUAUUGCUGUAUAUAUUUGAUUAAUGCGGCUCCAAUAUUACCCGAGGAUUUAGGAAAGAGCACCAGGGAAAUGGUUUCUUUGAGAUGCUUGGAGCAUUUGUUUGGUAAUAGUAAUGAAGUUUCAAAUGAUGUUCCUUCUGUGACAGAGCCAAAACAUAUAUUUGAUUUCUCAGGGACUUGUGAAGAUGUGCUCAAAUCCAUAUUGAAAGAGACUUCAGUAUCAGAUUUGAGAAUGUCUGGGUCAGAUUUAUCGAAAUGGGAUAUACAUCGUUUUAUCGAACACAAAAGAGCUUCCAUGCCAAAACGCGCAUUAGAAAAGCUUAAAGAUGCAAUUCUCAAAGGUACCCAUCCCUAUGCUGCUUCCUUGACAGAGCUUAGAGGAAUCCUGCAUAAAAAUGAUGAGAAUGAUAAAAUCACUGUGGAUUCUUGUCAUCAUAAUGCAGUUACUGGGAGGAUUGACAUUGAUGACACUAAUACCCAAACCAUGGCACCAGAGGGGAGCACCUUUUCUUUACCAGUUGAAAAUAAGAACGGAAUGGUGGGAGGUGAUUCACAUCAUAGAAAUUUAUUACCCUUUAAGAGGAACAAAAGUUAUUUGGAUGAUGAAAAUCCUGCUGGAGAGUAUCAGGAAGACCAAGGUGGUGUGGGUAGUGGUGAUCUCCUUUUAAAUGUCAAAAGGUUUAAGAGCAAUCCUACAGAACGGAUUUUUAUUCCUCGAAAUGGUAAGGAGUUGGUAGAGGAUUCCUCUGAAAGGAUGGUUGGAGUUAUAGAGAAAGGAAGUUGCCAUAUGGAAAGAGAAUCUCAAGUAGAAGGACCCAGUGAAUGCAGGUCUUUAGAGAAUGGUCAUGACAAGUUUGUCACUACAGAGGGGCUUGGGAGAAGUUGUAAUGCUAGUGUUAGUGCUGAAAUCCAGCAUAAUCAACGUGAGAAUGCUGACAAUGCCAAGAAAAUGCCAUCAGAUACAUCAGGAGAUGGACCUUCCCAGCAUAUUUUGAUGGAUGAAGUCCAUGAGGCUGAACAUAUAGAAUUAAAUGGCACAUGUGUAAGAACCCUUCACAAAGUCUCUAUUCAUGAUGCCAAAGCUGCUGUUUCCUUGAGUGGAUUUCAUAGCGAUACCCCUGUUGAUAAGCUAGGUGGCAUGGAGCAUGUUUAUGAAGAAGACACAUCAAGUGAUGGUGAUGAGCAUCAUUUUUCUAAGGUUGAUGUUGCUAUGGAGAAGAAUCGUUUCCUGAGCUCUCAAUGCACGCUAAAUCAUGUUUCCCCAACUAACUGGACAGAGCUAAAUCUUUGCGUAAAAUGUGGCAAAGAUGGUCAGUUUUUGGUUUGUAAUGCUGUUGGUUGUCCACUGGUGGUUCACAAGGAGUGCUUGGGUUCCUUACCAAGGUUCGAUGAGGAAGGAAAAUUUUACUGUCCAUUUUGUGCAUAUUCUCUUGCUAUCUCAGAGUACAUGGAAGCUAAGAAAAGGGCCUCUUUGGCAAGGAAGGAGCUGUCUGCUUUCAUUAAUAAACAAACUGAGAGCUCACAUAGCAAAGAGGAUAGUAAGUUGAAUCACUAUGGAGAUGAGGACCCUAUGAGUGGGAAUUUCGGAGAUAGAGAGUCUGAUAAAACAAAUAAUGGCGGAUAUGCAUUAAGGGUUAAUGGCCAACUUAAGAAAAGAAGAGGUGAUAGGCAACCAGUGGAGCCUAUGGUAUCAUGUACUGAUGUAAAAUUAAUGGGUCAAGAAGAAGAGCCAGAUGCAACUCAUGCGAUGAUUCAUGUUUCUCCUGGAGAAAAAGAAAGGGAAGAGAUGGCUCCAGAGUGCCUAAGGGGGCUUGAUAGAGAAGACCAAACUUUUGCCAACCCUGAAAGCAGUGGUGAUAAUCCAGUGUCUAAAAACAAUGAGUUUUUCUCUUUAAAUGAAAAACAAGCUGAAGGGUUAAUUCAAAAGGAUGUUCUAGAGCAACAAAGUGGUGAUUCAUUUGAAAAACCUGUUCAUGCCAUUGAGAUUAAUCAAGGGGACAUCUCUGAUGAGAGAAAUGAGGAAAAGAUAACCUCUAAUUGCUCCAUAAGAUUUCGAAGGAGAGAGGCACAAUAUGUAUACCCAGCAAUACCUCAGUUAAGGCGAAAGAAAGUUCAUUGGACAGAUAAGGAAGAGGAGAUGCUUAAGGAGGGAGUGCAGAAAUUUUCAAAUACUGAUGAAAGAGCUAUUCCAUGGAAGAAAAUUUUGGAGUAUGGUAGUUCAGUAUUUCUUAGAGGCCGUACUACAGUAGACCUUAAGGAUAAAUGGAGGAACAUGUGUAAAGGAAGUCCUAAGUGCAAAUAGUUUUGUCAGCCUGCUGAAGAUUACAUGGGAGAAAUCUGAAGAUUAUAUGUUGUAGCUACAGUAUAAUCCAGUCAGACAUUGAGGAAAAUGGCUGUGGUUGACCGAUAACAUGGUCGAUGCCAAGUCUUAUGGUUACUGCUAUGGGAUAAGGACAGUCUUUCUUAUGAUCACAAAUCUCAAAUUUAAGCAUUCUCAGAAGUUCUGGAAGCAUCCUUUUAUUUCAGAUCAUGUCAAAUAUGAUAAGAUGUGGGAAGAGCUGAAUGUGUACAGCAUGUACUCUUCUCCAUUUCUGCUUAUCUAACACUGUCAAUUAGGGGUGUAGAUAUCUAGAAUCUGGUGUUUAUAUGGGCUGUUAUAUCAGUGUCUGUACAUACAACCUCAGAUGUUAUUGAAAAAGGGCAUAGAAUUUAUGAGAAUCUUUUGUAACUUUAUAAAA